CGUUCCAGUCUCCCCUGCUAAUCUUCUCUGGAAAGCUCUUUCAGUCUGACAUGGCAGAAAACCCAGUGUGCACAUCCACGCAAACACCCGACGAUGAAGACACACAAAAAGAAGAGAAUAUCCGUUGCUUACCUAUGCUUGGUCAUUUUGGUUUUGAAUGUUUGCCUCAUCAGUUGGUCAAUAAAUCUAUUGAACAAGGAUUCUCUUUUAAUAUUCUCUGUGUGGGGGAAACUGGCCUUGGAAAAUCAACACUGAUUGACACAUUGUUUAAUACUAAUUCGAGAGAGAAAAAAUCCUCACAUUUUCGCCCAAAUGUUGAACUUAAAAUUCAGACGUAUCAACUCCAGGAAAGCAAUGUUCAGUUGAAAUUAACUGUGGUCACUACAGUGGGAUAUGGUGAUCAAAUGAACAAAGAAGCCAGCUACCAACCAAUAGUUUCCUACAUAGAUGCUCAAUUUGAGGCCUAUUUUCAAGAAGAACUGAAAAUUAAACGUUCCUUUGCUGACUACCAUGACACUCGUAUCCAUGUGUGCCUUUACUUCAUUGCACCUACGGGACAUUCUCUGAAGGCCCUUGAUCUAUUAACCUUGAAGAACAUUGACAGCAAGGUGAACAUUAUACCACUGAUUGCCAAAGCAGAUACAAUUUCUAAAAACGAUUUACAGACAUUUAAGAGUAAGAUAAUGAAUGAAUUGAUUAGUAAUGGCAUCCAGAUAUACCAGUUCCCAACAGAUGACAAAACUACUGCUCAGGUGAACUCCUCAAUGAAUGAACACUUACCUUUUGCUGUAGUGGGGUGUAUGGAUGAGGUGAAAGUUGGAAAAAGGAUGGUCAGAGGCCGUCUCUAUCCUUGGGGAGUUUUACAAGUGGAAAAUGAAAAUCACUGUGACUUUGUUAAGCUCCGGGAUAUGCUUCUUUGUACAAACACGGAACACCUGAAAGAAGUAACACACACUAAGCACUAUGAGUGUUAUAGGCGCUGCCGACUGCAGAAAAUCGGCUUUACUGAUGUGGGCCCCGACAACCAGCCACUUAGUUUUCAAGAGAUCUAUGAAACCAAAAGAAAGGAGUUCCAUGAACAAUGCCAGAGGGAAGAAGAAGAAUUGAAACAUAAGUUUAUGCAGCGAGUUAUGGAGAAAGAAAUAGCAUUUAAAGAAGCUGAAAAAGAAGACAAGUUUGAGCGCCUUAAAAGAAUCCAGCAAGAGGAGACAAUAAAACUUGAGGAGGAGAAAAGAAAACUGGAUGAAGAAAUCAUGAAUUUUUAUAAAAUGAAGGCUGACUCUGAAAUAUCGCAGACUCAGGGUUGCGCCAAUAUAAAAAAGGACAAAGAUCGUAAGAAAUAGUCCUCUCUCACCAUUCUCUGUUGUAGAGCCCUGUCUCUUUGGAUCCUAUCUACCUGGGAGAUUAUCUUCAUAGCACUUAACUGAUUGAAGUUCUACUAAUUCUUAAAACUUGUCUGUUUAUUGUAUAUUUCCCACCAGCUCUCAAAAGCAGGCACCUUGACCUUCUAGUUAACUGCUGUAUCCUCAGCAUUUUCCUUAUCAAAAUCUACUGAGUGAUUUCUUGAUAGUUUUUAUUAAAAUAAAAGAUUAAGUUUUUGAUUAGAACUCCUAUACUUUGAUGUCAGUCCUUAUAAAACUAAUAUUCAGAAGUUAGAGAGAGCCAGGGAACAAUGGGAAACCGUGAGUAAC